AUGGCAGACCUCCGCCAGACAUGGGUGAAGGGAUGGCUUAAGAGAUCUGUGUUGAUGGUAGGGAUCAAGGAUGCGUGCGGAUUCCCUCCUUGCAGUCGAUGCGGGAUGAUGUAUCCAGAGGAGAGUUUCCCUGAGCUUCACCACGUGGCAACAGAGUUUACCACCACAUACGGCGGAGAGUUGAGAUAUGCAGAAGGUGACGCCGCGGUGGAAGAGAUCAUAGGUGCUUGUGAAAAAGACUUCAGUGACACAUUCGGCAGCAAAGGAUGGUCGAGCUCGGAGCUACCUCACGAAGUUCGCAUUGACAAUUGUUCCCGGGCGAUGGUUGGUGGCAGCUGGCUGUUGUUUCGAAGUUUGGUUGAGUCAAGAGAUGGGAAACUAAUCAACAAGAUGUGUUGUCUUCCUCCACAUGUUGAAACAAUAUCUGACAAUCAUGAGCUGGAGAAAUACUUCCGAUCUUGGUUUCAAACUCGGUGGCCAUUCUUGCUUCUCUGGGGGGGAGGGAUUGAGUACGUACUUGAAAGCGACGAGGAGGCAGGAAGAAGCACUCCUCCGCUGUUUGCAAUUGUUUACAAGGCCUUGAUAAAGUUGUACAACAAGGCCAGAAGUCAUAAGAUCCCGGGGUUUGCCUCUGGUUCUUUCCUUCAGCCGCUCCUGAAGAUUAUGAUCGGGGUUCCGACAUUCGCAAGCGACCUUCGGGUCAAAUUAGCGCUGACCACCAUUAAGCAGUUAGAAUCAUUUGAGAAAACAGCUUUUUUGUUCAGCAGAGACGAUGUCAUUGUCAACCACACAAAUGAUUUCUUGCAACACAAUGGGAUCUACAGAUCUUCUGCCCUUGCACUGGCAUGCAGAACUUGCAGGCUAGAUCUAGUCAGCGCGGUACUGAAAGCAGGAUCCCAUCUGGCCGACCUUCCUGAUAACAACCUGCUUGGCUUCUAUCCUCUGCAUCACGCAUCUCUCCCCAUCUUUUCACGUGGAUCAGUGUUGCUUUCUUUGAAUCUUUCAAUUUCUGAUCAGAUCGACGAAUGUAAGCUACGCACAGCUUCAUGCUCAGACGGUCAGAUCAGAAGGGUAGCAGCUCGCACAAAUUUUAUCUGUGGUGGCUGGAGCUGGUCUGUAAUCUACUGGGUUGCAGGAGAAACAGGAUCGGUCCAAUUCUCCUCUGCUCACCUUUGUAUCUUCCUCGCAGACGUUCAUCAGCUUUCCUAUUCCUCUGCCACAAACAGCAAACGUGUCAUCUGUGCAGGUGUGAAAGCGACGAAUCAUCAAGGGAUCUCGUUCUCCGACGAUUGUGUGAGCUUUGGGAUUGAGAGACCAUACUGCUGCUUGUCAAUUCCAGCAAAGCUUUCGAUCGCUGCUCUGGAUUCAGCUCUUACCAUUUCAUUUUCUUUGUUGAUGAGCGAAGAAGAAAGCGAAUUGAAAUCUUUCGAGCAGCAAGUAAAAGCCCGACAAUCGGAUCAGUUUCACAUCAUACAACUUCUUCUUGAGCAGGGCAGCAAGGAGAACAACGUCUCCAAACCGCUUUCUCAGACAACGCUGGACAUUGCGGGCCUCUGGUUUCUGAAGAAGACAUUGGGCGCAGGGGAUUUCGUAAUCACACAUUCAGACUUGUUAGAAUUCAAUGGGAAUGAUGGUCAGCAAGUUAUGCGAUCACAACAAGACUUUGUUGAUGCGGGUUCAGGUGAAAGUGAAGAGAAGGUGGAGAUUGCUGACAAAAAUGGGGCGACAUCACAAUCAGAAACCAAAAAUGAGAAGCAGCAUCACGUUGAAGGAAUUUCCAAAGCAAGUGAGGAGCUAGAACCAAAGUCAGGAGCGAACGGGAAGCGAGCAGGACGGAAUUCUGCAACAGUCGGCCGCAGAGAGAAAGUUUCCCUCAUCGAGCAGAUGGUUCGAGAACUGGAUUGGCUCCAGAAAGCUUGCAUUCUCAAUGAAGAUGCGGUAGAGGAGGGAAGGGUACCAUCACACGUAGGUGCGGCUAGAGCAAGACCAAUCAAGAGGAUUGAUGAAGGUGCCCACCAGGAGGAUUUUGUGGACGCAGGUCACGUCGAGGAUGAUGAUCGCAACGACAAGGAAGACGAGGACAUUGAGGAGACUGAGAAUAUUCAAGUCGAGGAGGAUUCUCAAGGAACAGCAGCUCAGGUAGAGGACGAUGUCGAGACCGAGCUAGAGUUAAGGGAUGGCGUCUGUUGGGAGCUGAGGUUCACUCGUGAGUUCAAGGAAGUCCUGUAUUCUCUCAAGAGCCAGCCAGUCCUGCUCCGCUCACUCCUGCUCAACCUCAGCAGGUUGGCAGCUGGAGAGCAGGGCAGAAGCAUUAUGAAGCAGCUCAAAGGAUCUCCUAAGGGCAUGCAGAUCAUGGAGUCUCCGUGUAAGACUUUCAACGACGGCCCUCGUUUCCUCUGGCAGUACGCUGUGGACUACUCCCCCAAGAUCAAGAACUUUGUUGAGACCAUUCGCCUGUGGCGCAUCUGCCUGCAGCAUGAUGACGUGUCAAAGGGAAUGGAGCACAUCAUCAACUCGUACAAGCGCGGGAGGACGAGCACAGUCAGGAAGCACCUCCGCCCGGCCCACAGGGAGUCGUGCAUGGUGGGUAAAAGGCGACUCCCUCGUCAGUACGUCCCUUGCGACGAUGGCAUGCAGGUGGAGGAUCUCCUGCGUGAGGACCUGGAAAAAUUCGAAACGCUUGAGGAGGAAGGAGAGGAUUCAGCGCGGGCAGGACAGUUGGUGUACACCCCUCCUGCCAUCGCGAUGCCAGGAAGUUACAACAUCGUGAAGUUCUAUGAGCUGUCGGAUGACGUCAGAAGGUCGAUCCUUGCCUCCCUGGACCUGACAGGCAAGGAGGAAGCAGCGAGGAGCAGAGGUCUUUUGGACGAGCCCGAGCUCCCCUUCAUCCUUGAUGAGCACGAGGACGAGUUGAUCAGUGCGAUCUCGAGGGCUGAAUCUGUGCUGCUGGUCGGACGGUCGGGGACAGGGAAGACCUCGAUAGCUAUUGGUAGGAUGUGGUCCAUGCAGAAGCAAUGGAGAAUGACUUUCGGCGACACUUCAGUCAAGUAUCAUCAAAUAUUCCUCACUGCAAGCAAAGUCCUUCGCGAUCAGGUUCGGCGGUCGUACGAAGCUCUCAGCUCUAGCAGCAGACAGAAAUCUUCUCCUCCUCCUCCUCCUUCGCUCAAGGAAGUGUCGGAGAGUCAGUGGCCGCUCUUUCUGACGCAGGCGGAGUGGCUGAGGAUGAUCGACGCGACGUUGGAUACUCCGUUCUUCCCUCGAGCCGCAGACGGGAGCAUGGUGCAGGGUGGACGACUGGGAGAGGAGGUGAACAUGUUGGAAGCCAUUCCCGAUGAGGACGAUUGGCUCUCGGAUGACGAAGAUUUCUUCUUGAUGAAUCGUGAGACGGCGAAGGGAGGCAGCAGAAGCCAACCAAGUGGAGGCAGCCAGAAGAAGAAGACAGUCAAGUCGGAGGUCGACUUCCCCUUCUUCUGCGACCACAUCUGGCCGAAGUUGAGCUCAAGGCACAAGGCGACUGCCAAGGGCAUCUCGGCGUCUGCUGUGUUCCAGGAGAUCAUGUCCUACAUCAAGGGCUCGUACCUCGCCCUGGACAAGCCGAGCGGGAGGCUCUCGCGCGAGGAUUAUCUGUUUCUCGGAGCGAAGAUGGCGCCCAACUUCAAGGGGCUGACGGCCGGAGACAAGGUCGAGCAUGUGCCUGGAGAUCGGCGAGGACACCGCGACAUCAUCUACGACCUCUACGAGUCCUACGAGGAGGAGAAGACGAGCCUGGGGGCAUACGACCUCUGCGAUGUUGUCUUCCACAUCUGGUCGACCAUGCAGAGGAAGGAGUACGCGGGGAAGAAGAUCCACAGCAUCUACGUGGACGAGACGCAGGACUUCACGCAGGCGGAGCUGCGGCUGAUGCUGAGGGUCUGUGAGGGCAAGAACGACAUGUUCUUCUGUGGCGACACCGCGCAGACCAUCGCGUCAGGCGUCGCCUUCAGGUUCGAGGACCUCCGUGCUAUCUUCAAGUCCGAGCAGGAGGUUCAAGUCUCUGCUCGGGGGAGAGCGAGUGGGCAGGAAGAAGUGCAAGGGGCUGGAAGGAGCAGCGCAGAGAUCAAAGUGCCGCAGGUGAUUUCUCUCUCCACAAACUACCGCACGCACAACGGCAUCCUCAGGGCAGCCUCGUGCAUUGUAGAUCUGCUCUCUUCCUUGUUCCCUUCCACCGUCGACCUCCUUCCCCGCGAACGAGGUUUCUUCGACGGCCCCAAGCCGAUCCUGCUGGACACCACGUCGGUAGAGGAUGCUACGCUGCUGAUCAUGGGCUCCGACAAGGUGACUUCAAGGAUCGAGUUUGGGGCCCACCAAGUUGUGCUGGUUCGAUCGCAGGAGGCUAAGAAGAAGCUCCCGAAGGAGCUGGACGGAUGUCUGGCCAUGACGAUCUUGGAGUCGAAGGGUCUUGAGUUCGACGAUGUCUUCCUAUGGAACUUCUUCGCGGACUCGCGCGCGGAUCAGGAGUGGAGGGUUGUGCUGAAUUAUCUGGGAGGAGGAAAAGGCGGCGAGGCCAGCGUGGGGAUAUCGACGGAGGAGGAGCUGGAGAGGAUGGGAAGGGAGAGGGCGACGAUCCGGGAUACGGGGGUAGCAGGGAUGUUGAGGGCGUUGGACUUCUCGGACCGAGAGCACCAGGUGCUCUGCGAGGAGCUCAAGUGUCUCUACACGGCCCUGACUCGCGCGCGGGCCCGGGCGAUCAUCUACGACACGGACUUGAGGAAGAGGACAGCUUUCUACUACUUCCUCAAGGCGAGAGAGCUGGUGCAGGUGGCUUCCGCCUUUGAGGACGGUGGGGAGUCUCCGACAGCGAGGAGCUUUGCAACGGCAACGUCAGCGGAGGAAUGGAGGAAGCAGGGGAUGAACUUGAUGGAGAGGGGUCUGUUUGACUUGGCCACCAAGUGCUUCGCAAGAUCUGGAGACGAGGAUCUCCUGAGCCGAGCGAGCGGUCUAGCUCUCACCGAGAGAGCCAGGAGGGAGUUGGGGGCGAGCAGGAAGGCGGCCUUCCUCGACGCGAGCCACGAUCUUCUCCGCUCCCUCGCUCCUCCUCCUCCUCCAGUUGCACGUGACAUGAAUGCGGGUGCCGCUGAGGAGGGCGGGAGGUACAGGAAGAUGGACGGUGCGACCGUGCUGAAGACGCUAAGCCUGGCGGGGAGGUGCUUGUAUGAAGCAGGAGAGUUCGAGCUAGCGGGCGACAUCUUUGUCUCCGCCGUGCAGCUCCAGUCUUCCCUUCAGACUCCUGCAGGAGUCGGCCCGCAAGGUCAUGGAGGGUCAGACCUUGGCCUCUCUCGUGACGCUGUCAGGUGCUACCGCAAGGCUGGUCUCUUCCACCAGGCGCUGGAUGUGAUGGUGAGGAUGGGGAAGCUGCCAGCUGCCCUCCGGCUCCUCAAGGAAGAGCACAAGUACGACAGGGCCCUGGAGCUCCUCGAGAGAUUCCCGGACUUCCAUCCUCCUCCUGACUUGUCCGUGACGGAGUUCUCGCGGCUUGCCGCCGCGUCUUACGCUGUGAAGUUGAGGAGGAGGAACGUCGUGGCCUUGGACGAGAGCAGCACGGACUACAAGGCGUUGACUAACAUCCUGUCAAGGAUGAGCGAAGCCGACGAGGUCAGGUUUCUGAGGAGGUACGGUUUCUACGACGUGCUGGUUCAGAGGUUCCUUCAGCGGGGGGCGUAUACCAAGGCAGCCGAGGUUCUGUGCGAAGACAACAAGGUGCUGGACGGAGUUCGCAUGCUCGAGGCGCUGGACAACCCUGGGGCUGUCGAGCUGUCCUUGUGUGCAGACUUGUACGUUCACCUUGCGGUGGAGCAACGAGGGGGCGCCUCUGUCCCUUACUAUCGCAGCGCGCUGUCGGUUCUGCAGAGGCUGGACGGGGAGUACAGGAGGAGGCUGGAGGGAGAGCGAGAGAGUGUGGUCUUGCAGGAGAACGUCCGGUUCAAUCGGUUGCACAUGCUGCAGAUCAAGCUCGAGAUCUGCAACAGGGUCGAGUCAAGGGGAGAGAGGAGGCGGCAGCUGCUUGAAUCGGCACAGGAAGCUGACUCGAUGCACUGUACGUUUGGCAAGGUGCUGGCAGGACUCGGGCUUGUCUUCAGCAGUGUGGGAGUGAUGUGUCAGGAGAAGAAAGGAGAAGCAGAGGAGGAGGAGGAGGAGACGUCGGGGGGGAGAGGGGAGGAGGAGGAGGAGGAGGAGGCAGAAGGGAUCCUCGUCCUCGUCGCAAGAGUCAGGAUCCUCUCUAGGGUGAUCCAGCUGUGCCUCAGGUCCAUCAGCACCCGGGGGGGUGGGCGGGAGGAAGCAGAGUUGCUGGGAUGCGAGCAGUUCCUGGGGUUGAGAAGAACCGGGGGGAUGUUGACUAUCAAGAAGACUCGCUCCUCCCUCCUCCUCCACAACCUGCAGUCGCAGUUGCAGGAGGACAACUUGUCCACCUACCUGCGACCCGGGCACGAAGACACGCUGGUCGUCCAGCCGUUGCUGUUCAGGGAGCGGUUGCGGUCGUUCCUGCAGCUCAAGUACGGAGAGAUGCUGCGGGAGGUUCGGAAGGUGGUGGUGCGAAGGGAGACGUUGGGGAAGAGGGUUGAGCGACCUCUCCUGCCGCUGGGGUUGAAGCUGGUGCUCAUGUGGCUGACCAACCUGGGAAGGGACUUGGUGGCUCAGAGCAAGAGCCGCAGCCGCGGUCUGGGAGGGGACGGGGGGUUGGGCAGUUGGUUCAGCAAGGAACAAGUUGAGCGCGUUUGCACUGAUGUGUCGACGCUGCUGCUGAGCAGCGAGCCUUGCAUGCUCACAGACUUUCGCAAUGGAAAGCUCGAGGAGGCAAACAUCUUGGACGGCCUGCUUGCGUGCGAUGCUGGAAGGAGAUGCGGGGAAGAGGAUCUGAGGAGCGUUCACGAGGACUGCAGGAGCAUCUUGCGAUCGUGGGCCUUCAAGCUGCAUCGUGACUGGAGUCGUCGCCCUCUCAUCGACAAGGAUGCCAAGGAUCUCUCCCUUGUCCUCCUCCUCCUUCGCAGGUUGAACUUCAAGUCUGACUGCGAGCAUCUCAUCCUUCAGCUCCCGCGCGACGCUGGUUUCACGCCCGGCCCUGUGCGCUUGCCCAGCUCAGACGUGACGGCCCCUGACCACGUUCGGAUGCUCCUCGUGUGUGGACUCCCAGGAUCGGGAAAGAGCCUGCUGGCCAGUCAGUUCGAAGCGGCAGAAUGGCUGGUGAUCUCCGAGGAGAGGAUGGGGAGUCUGCAGGCUUGCGAAGAGCAGGCGAACUACUGGCUCAAGUUCGGGCACCGGGUCGUGAUCGACGCGUACAACGUGGAGGAGCAGGAGAGGGCGAGGUGGAUCAGAGUCUCUAGGAGGUGCAACCUGUCGGAAGCUGCUGUGGUUGCCCUCUUGCUCGACGUCCCCGUCCAUGUCUGCAAGAACCGCGUGCAGGCGAGAGAGUCGCGCUCCUGCAAAGCCUCCCUCGCCCUCGUCGACAGGAUAGCCUCGCAGCUUCGCAGGCCGACGAGGAGCGAGGGCUUCGGGCGGGUGGAGGUGAUCAAGGGGGAGGACGAUGCGGCCGUUACCGACCUGCUCGCGCUGCCAGCCCCUCCUCCUCUCACCCUGCAGGAGCGAACAGGGUUCGGCAUCUCAGGAUGGCACCCUCCGAUGGUUGUUCCUCAGGCAGGCUGGCACCCGCCCUUGGUGCUGGGCUACAACGCCUUUGCCGCCCUCCAUCGCUCCUUCCUGUGCUGCAAGAACGACCUCGUGCUCUCUUCCUCUGCUUACCAGCUCACUCACCUCCAGCUCCACUCCUGGCUGACGAUGCCCAUGGACGCCUGGACGAUGCUGCAGCACGCGCUUGUGGAGAGCGUUGUCUCCAUGUCAUGGUUCGAGUGCGACGCUGGAGGAGGGGAGAGGGCGGCGACUUCCGUCUGCUGGCUUCCGCUGUCGCACUGCCAUCAUCUCGUCGGCAGUACUCGCUCUCCUCCUCGCCCGCUCGAGGCUGAUGCUUCCUGGGUCCUGCGAAACACACUCAACAUGGCUGUAUCCCUUGUCCGCAGGAGGAUGGAGCGAAGCGAAGAGGAUUCUUCUCCUGCCUGCCAAGAUGACGGAGAUCGCAUAUCGAUUAUCAUCUGGACUGCGUUGCUGAAUCUCCUGCUGCAUAAAUCCUCGAGUAUGAAGGAGAUUGGAGCAGAAGGAGGCUGGACAGACGACUGGGCUCCAUUCCUUUUCUCAGUUGCAAACCGAUUGAGCUCCUUGCUGCCAACAGUCUCCCAUCCCAGUCUUUUCCCUCCUGGUUGGAGGCCCGGCACAGGCGAGCUAGACAAGGGCAGGCCUGUCAAGGCAGAGGAGCCGCAGAGCCUAGUUCAGUGUAUCUUGCGGAUCCUUGAGAAGCGACAAGACCUUCUGGUUGCCGUCGCUUCUCCUCAGAACGAUGCAGUGGAAGUCGGUGCAACCAACCAGGAGGACCUAGAGAGGGACUGCAAGGAUGGGCUGGACCACUGCCUGUCCUUCUACUCGAAGCUGUCGUCCUCCCCUGCCCCUCCGGGAAGGCAGCGAGAGCUUCCUCGCCCCAGGCUGCCUGCUACUGAUGUCCUCGUCCGAGAGGUUCGCUCCGCCUUCACCGUCUGCAGGUUCUUCAAGCUCUGCCGCACCAGGUUUGCCUUGCAGAGGCUCAGAACCCUCGGGGAGAAGCUGCAGGAUGAAAACCUGUCAGAAGACCCGCUGGACCCGCUGCUGAGGAAGAAUCGCUACCUCAUGAUCACCGAGCAGGUCAUCGGGAGCGAGGAGACUGGGUACCGCAGGGCGUACGUGGACAUGAACGGUCCCAUCCUGCUCUUCGACGAGUCGCUCGGCGGAGGGUUUCAGCGGACGGCCGACGCGCUUGCUGACUUCAGGAGGGCGUACGAGGGUGAAGUGGCCCGUACGUUGAGCCGUGCUGACGUGGCCUUCAUGUCCCUCCAUCGCUUCCUGGAGUCGUCGCAGAUCAAGAGCCUCAGGUUCGACCCGCUGGUCGUUGACGUGCUGGAGGCCCUUCAGCUGAGGCUCUCCGGGCACAUAGUCCAGGUGGAGAAAGUGCUGGAGGAGAUCGACAGGGAUCGGAGGGGCAUGCAGGACGACGUGAAGGAGGCGGAGGAGUGGCGGCAGGAGCUGGAGGAGCAUGAGAUGAAGCGGCUUGCGCUCUACCGGAAGAACGGGUCUCUGGACAGCAACAACCCACUGGUGAAGGAGGCGAUCCCACCAGGAUGUCAUUGCCGCGCCAGGCACUACGAGCAUGACGUCUAUUACGAUGGCACUGUCGUGGGAUGCUCACAUGGCAAGGUCGGCAAGGAGCAGGGCGGGACAAUGCUACUGAUCCAGUUCCACGAGGCACAGCUCGGCGAUCAGGUGACCUCCAUCCUGGACGUUAUCUUCGUGCUGCAGUCAGCGCGACAGGAGGAGCUGCUCCGCAAGUACAGACUCGGCCAGACGGAUGCUGAGAACGCGAUCGCAGGCGAGAGCGAGGGGCCCGGGUGGGGCAAGAACUUGGGGAGGAGACAUCGUGUGAGGAGGUUUGCGAGGAAGGCGGUGUGA